AGUUUGUUCUGUUUUGUCAGGAGAGUGGGAUUUGAAUUCAAAUACAAGGCAUGUGAAUAUGAUAUCUGAUGUUAAAAUGUCCUUCAAUCUGUCCCCAACCUCAAAAUCACAAGUGCUGUUGGCUGGUAAUUUCCAUUAUCCCUAGUCUACAUGGUGGAUAAUCAAAAAGUGAUGGGAUAACAUCUGGGGACCCAAAUUGGAUAAAAACGAAAGAGUUCCAACCACCAUGUAAAAAAUGAUAGUAAGCCCUCCAUGGAUUCAGCAGCCCUUUGAAGGCAAUCACAAGGCUGGUGUGGCUCUCGAUGAAAAUGAGUUUGACAUCCCUGAUCUAAGCCAUGAACCACUGCAGUUGCUGACUUCCUUUAUUGGUGAGAGAAGAUGCCCAGGACAUUCAGGACAUAUGUAGUUUUAUUGGAAUGCAACAUUGUCAGCAGUUUCUAAUAUCAUAAUUGCGUUUUGAAGAGCAAAAGAUUUUUUAUUAACACCAUAAAAUUAAUGAAUUUGUAGUAACUAAAAGGCCUUGUUAGCCAGUUUCUUCCUUAGUGGGUUGUGUGUGUGUGUGUAUUGCCAUUUCGAUUGGUCAUACCACCUGCUCUGUGUGUUGUGCAUGGACUGAGUAAAGAAAGAUACUGGCAGUGAUGGAAAAUGUGCUUUUUUGGAAAGGUUAUCUACCCCCCUCCUCCCUCCAGCUUGUGAACAUCUACCAAAAUAUCUCUGGGUCAAGCUGAGCUAUGUGUUUACUCUGCAAAUUCUUCGUGGAGAUGCCACAAACUCCAGCAGUGAGAGUAGCACCCCAGGGAGGAGACAGAUAAUACCAAAUGGGUUCAUUUUCCUCAUUCCAGGGCGUAGGGCUCAUUGUGAUCAGUACUUCCCAGUCAGUGACUUUUCCAUUUGUUUUGGAAACUCUUCGGCUGGCAGCCAAAUCCUUUUUUAAAGCCUCUAUUUAAUAGAUGAUAUUGAAGGCAAUACGCAGCUCAACAGCAAGAGGGCCCAUGGUACAGUGGCUUGGACCACUCCAAGAUCCAGCUGAUGCAGAGAGCCUUCUCACCCCAAGUACAGAAUUUGGGAAGAUACUUUUAGGGAAAAUGUAUAUAAUGAUUUGCUGAAGUAUUGUUAAGUGAGAAGUAGUCAAAGAUGGGCCAGAGAGCUGCAUGGAACUGUGGGAUCUACUAUGGCCUCUUAUCUGCCAUGAAAGGGAUUAUAUGGCAAUGUGGAGCCACCAGUGGCGCAGCGGAUUAAAUCACUAAGAUGCUGAACUUGCUGUCUGAAAUGUUAGCAGUUUGAAUCUGGGGAGCGGGGUGAGCUCCAGCUGCUAGCCCUAGCUUCUGCCAACCUCGCAGUUCGAAAACAUGCAAAUAUGAGUAGAUAAAUAGGUACCACUCCAGUGGGAAGGUAACGACGCUCAUGCCGGCCACAUGAUCUUGGAGGCGUCUACAGACUCCGGCUCUUCAUCUUAGGAAUGGAGAUGAGCACCACACCCCAGAGCCGGACACGACUGGACUUGUGUCAGGGGAAACCUUUUACCUUUUCCUAUAUGGCAGUGUAGACUCAUAUUCAAAGCAGAUAAUGUAGAUUAGCUACUUUGAUAAUUUGGAUUAUAUGGCAGUGUAUGAGCCUAAGUGCUUUUAAUGGGACAGUCCAAAAGCCCACCAAAUCCCCAAAGUGGCCAUAAUAAUUCAAAGCCACCCAGAAAUGCUAUGGUUUAGUUCCCUUAACGUCUUCUUAGCUCCACAAACCGAACAAAAAAACCACCCCAAUAGGCCAAAAUGAUGCCAAACAGACCAAAAUGAUGUCUGGAUGUCUAAGUCUAUACUGUGUUUACACUGCCAUACAAUCCAGUUCAAAUAUGAUAAUCUGGAUUUUAUAUGGCAGUGUAGAAGGGGCCUAAGAAAAGGUGGAUCACCAGGAAAUGAUUUUAUUUGUUAGGCAUCACAUGGAAAUUUUUUUGCAGUGUAAAUCACCCCUUGUCCCAAAUUCCAUAUUGUGAUUACCUUGAUUAUGCCAGCCUGAAAGGCUCAAACUUCUAGAUGCAAAAUUUAAAAUACACAUUUUUCAGGCAGAGAUGGUAACUCAAAAUCAUGCAAGGCAAAGACAGUGGUGGGGGAAUGAUGCUGUUCCAAUUAUGUAGUGUUCAUGAUGAGAUUUUCAGCCUUUUUAAUGCAGAAAGAAUUCUCAAGUCUAUCAAACUGACAGUGAAAUUAGCAUGCUAGAUGUGUGCAAAUGACAUAAAAUUAGCACCCUGGGAAGCAGGUAAGUGACAUGCAUCUAGAAUGCAUGCGUGCAUCCCAGAAUUCACGAGGAACGCAAUGAGGUUAGAGAGAUAUAAUUCUUUGUAUUUUGAAUGACUUUUUACAGCUUGCAGCAGGAACAGAAAAUGAAGGGGGUCAGCUCUGGAUCUGUGUAGUUUCUUCCCCUUUGUGUCAUUUGAGGGUUUCAUUUAUUACAGGAAGUCAUAAAAUGGGCAUGUGAACAGCAUAUUAAUACCUUUUGCCCUUUGAGGUGUGUUUGUAUGGGGGGUGGGACCCCUCAGAGUUCUGUGAAUGGAACUAAUUUAGGAAAUGAGCUUCAGCUUUCUUUGGGGCUUUUGAGUUUCCUGUUCAUGCUGCUGUUUUUUUGAUGGUGGAAAGGCAAAGGAGAGGGCUGCCUCGGGACUUACAUGUGUGCACAGCAGGAGUGGGGGCCCAUUAACCAUCAGAGGAGGUUAUAUUUACUUAAACAGAGAAAAUAAGAGAGCUGCCUUCUAGGUAAGGGUUAGCCACCUCUGCCACUUAGAGGCUUCGUGAUUCAGUUUCUUAUAGAAUUGACAACGUCCCUGGGUCAUUUCCCAGUCUGGUGAGAGGCAUGACAGCAGAGGCAAAGCUGGCUCUGGAUUUGUUAGGAACCUAGUGGAUUGUGCUCUGGAUCCACAAUUAUCAGCUUUAAUUUUUGACAAGCUUCAAGUGCCUGAAUAUUUACAGAAACCCAGGAGCGAAGGGGAGAACAGGUGUGAUGUGUGUGCCGCCCACCUGAACCAGCUGAAGCAAGAAGCCAUCCAAGUCAUCCACAAGCUCGACCAAGUCAACUGCCAAGAGGUGGUAGAUCCCACACAAAGUGCUGUGGCAAUGGCCACCAUGUUGCCAAGGCUGACGUCCCAAAAUGUGGUCACUGUGUCUUCUCAGAGGGACUUGUCUCUCGUGGCUGGGCAGGUGGGGAGGCAGCCCGGCAAAGCUGCAAGCCUUUUCUCUGGGCCAGAGAAGAAGAAGGGUCUUGGCUGGCCUCAAGGUACCGGUGGAUUCCCCAACUCCAGUGUCCAAGUGACUGUGGCUCCCAGUGGCCUUAGUGGGGCCUUGAGUUCAGUAACCAUCCAGGCUCAGCAGUACCUUGAAGGAAUGUGGAGUAUCUCCAGAGUGAACAGCUUUCUUCCCCAGUCUUGUCUAGAAGCAACAACUGGAGAGUGUGGAAAGGAAGGCUCUAAUGUUCAAGUUACCUCAGGACAGAACAACUGUAACCCAACAGGGGCAGGAAACUCCCAGAGUUUGGUCACCCCUGCCGGCGUCUCUGCAGGUACUUCAGCAGCAGCAUCGUUCUUCAUAAGGGCUGCCCAGAAGCUUAAUCUGUCCUCGAAGAGAAAGAAGCAUCACACGUCUCUGCUGCACCCCCACGACUUCUCCAUCUAUGCCACGAAUUUUAGUGGCAUCCUGCAGCUGUGUCCUCCUCCAGCACCACCAUGCCUUUUGAGAGCUGUGUCAAAAGUCAAAGACAACCCAGGGAUUGGAAAGGUAAAAGUGAUGGUGAGAAUCUGUCCAUCAGAAGGAACACAUGACACGUCGGAAUCCAUGUCUUUUUUGAAGGUAGAUCCACGGAAAAAGCAGAUUACUCUUUACGACCCAUCUACGAACGGUCCUUCCAAUGCAGGUCACCGAAGAGGAGCUGUGGCGGUCCCAAAGAUGUUUGCCUUUGAUGCGGUAUUCCCCCAGGAUGCGUCUCAGGCUGAGGUGUGCUCUGGAACGGUAGCAGAAGUAAUCCAGUCUGUCGUGAAUGGUGCAGAUGGUUGCAUCUUUUGCUUUGGCCAUGUCAAGCUUGGCAAAUCGUAUACAAUGUUUGGAAAAGAUAGCUCCACGCAGAGCCUCGGGAUUGUUCCCUGCGCUAUCUCAUGGCUCUUCAAGCUCAUCAACGAACGCAAGGAGAAGACUGGGACUCGUUUCUCAAUUCGAGUGUCUGCUGUGGAGAUCAGUGGCAAAGAUGAAAAUCUGCAGGAUUUGCUAGCUGAAGUAGCCACUGGCAGCCUUCAAGACGGGCAGUCUCCAGGGGUUUAUCUCCGAGAGGAUCCGAUAUGCGGGACGCAGCUUCAAAAUCAAAGUGAAUUAAGGGCCCCAACUGCAGAGAAGGCUGCCUUCUUCCUUGAUGCAGCCUUGGCAGCCAGAAGUACUAGCAAACCGGGGUGUGAUGAAGAGGAUCGGAGGAAUUCCCACAUGUUCUUUACCCUCCAUGUAUAUCAGUACCGGAUGGAGAAGAGUGGCAAAGGAGGAAUGUCUGGUGGACGCAGCCGUUUACAUCUCAUUGACUUGGGAAGUUGUGAGAAGAUGCUAAGCAAGAUCCGAGAUGGAGCAGGUCCCCUUUGCCUUUCCCUGUCUGCCUUAGGCAGUGUCAUUCUGGCCUUAAUCAACGGUGCCAAGCAUGUCCCAUACAAGGACAACAAACUGACAAUGCUGCUGAGAGAAUCGCUUGGGAACAUCAACUGCAGAACAACCAUGCUAGCUCACAUAUCAGAUUCCCCAGCAAAUUAUGCAGAAAGUCUCACGACAAUUCAGCUCGCCUCUCGUAUUCACAGGAUGAGGAAGAAGAAAUCCAAGUAUGCAUCUAGCUCAUCUGGAGGAGAAAGCUCAUGUGAAGAAGGCCACAUCCGAAGACCUCAUUUGAGACCAUUUCAUCCAAGGACUGUGGCUCUAGAUCCUGAUAUUCCUAUCCUGAACCUUUCCAGUGAACCUGACUAUUCUUCAAGCAGUGAACAAUCCUGUGAUACUGUCAUCUAUGUGGGUCCAAAUGGUACAGCAUUGUCAGACCGGGAGCUGACAGAUAACGAAGGCCCGCCAGAGUUUGUGCCCAUAAUUCCUUCCUUGAACAAGAAGAAAUGCAAAGAGAAUGUGGGUCUUCUAAGAAGCUCUGACAAAGACCAUUUUAAGUGCAACACUUUUGCAGAGUUGCAGGAGAGGCUGGACUGUAUCGAUGGGAGUGAAGAACCUGUAAUGUUUCCUGGUGGAGAGAUCUCCCCUUCAUCUUCUAAUGGCACAGUCCCAUUAAGUGCAGAAAAUGGACUGUCUAAACCAAAACUAUCCCCUCCUCCUGGGGGAUCAAAAACAUCAGCAGUGCCAGAAACUGGGUCUCCAAAGAAGGGGCACAGCCUUUAUGUCCAGCGCAAUGGUGCUUGCCCUGAGAAGAAGAUCCCCCCCUUAAAAUCCGACCAUGUCAAACCACAAGCCAAGCCAGAAGGCAAGAGAACAGACUCAGACGAAGAGAAGGAGGUGGUUACUGAGUCCAGCCAGUUAUCAAAAUGUAAUGGUAUAAAGGGUCAAGAGUCCAAUCAAGUUGUUGAACCAGUUGUAAAAGAAAAAUCUUCAUAUGUGAAGAGACCUUUGCCCAGCCCUGCACCUCCACCCCCACAUCAACAGGAAUCUCCAUUGAAGAGCAACCCAACUCAACUGAAGUUUGACCACAGCAAUGCAGUCAGGACUCCCCCUGUAGGCAUGAGCAAGCAAGUUGCAAGUGAAUUGGAACCUAAUACUGAAGGAAACAGGUUUUCAGGGACCAGCAACACAGAGCAUCAAGGAGAUGGAAUUGAGGUGCAUAGGUUUAGAUCUUCUUUUCGAGGCAAAUGCUUUGACCGGGACAUACUGACAACAACAGUGACAUUGCAGCAGCCUGUGGAGCUUAAUGGGGAGGAUGAACUUGUCUUUACGGUGGUGGAGGAACUCUCUAUUAGUGGUAUCUUGGAUAACGGAAGGCCUUCCAGUAUCAUCAGCUUUAACAGUGAUUGUUCUCUACAGGCCCUUGCAUCUGGCUCCAGGCCAGUUAGCAUCAUCAGCAGUAUAAAUGAUGAGUUCGAUGCCUACACUUCCCAGGUUGCUGCCACUGGUGUCAACAUUGACAUUGUUGUACCCUUUGCUGAAGGACCAUUCUCUAGCAGCAGCAGACGAUCCUCCAUCAGCUCAUGGCUAAGUGAAGUCAGCAUCUGUACAAUUGAAAGUGAGGGAAGGCAGGGCAGUGAUGGGUUCCUGGCACAAUCCUCUUACAGCUGUAGCAAGUCUGUGGAACCCUUUAACUUGGGUUCCCCUAAUGUCCCUCUUCCAUUGAAAGCCACUCUAAAUGAUAGUGGCUUUUGCUUUUCUGAGCUGGACAGUGGGAGCAUAAAUUCAAGCAAAGCAUCAUCAGGGGCCAACAGCAACUCUCAAAACUCUGAUUUAACCAAAGCAUCUCAGACUCUUUGUAUCACUGAACAAUCAUCAAAAGUUAGGCCUUCUAACUCUCAAAACACAUCAGUGAUUGAAACAAUACAUUCCAGUCUUCCCCGAAGAACAAAGACUACCUCAUCUUCAACCCACAACAAUAGCACCCUCAGCAAUUACAAGGAACUGCAGAAGUCACAUGUGAUGUUUGAAGACCCCUGGUUGCUUCGUACAGAAGCAAAUGCUGCAGAUCCUUUGUCAUCUCCAAAUAUUCACACGCCCAGCACUGAGAAGCAGUCCGCAAAGUCCACCCAACAAUUUGGUGACUUGGUUAGACCAACAAAAUCCCAAACCAUGCUUGCAUGCUCACAGCGGGUGGUUGAUGGGUGCGAAAUGGCCAGCAAAUCUUCCAGUGGAACAGCUAAAAAAUCUGAACCUCUCACAAAAAUGCCACAACUCAGAAGAGGAGCUACUACACUUGGUGUAGUUCCUGUGUCCUAUAACAACAGUGUAACAGCUGACAGGGGAAGCUCUGAAGCUGGUUUUGCCACUAGCAGCCUCAAAAAGAAGGUACAGCAAAAAGCUAGCUUGUUACCAAGGCCCAAUGGGAUAGUGCCUCCAAUGCCCCCUGUACGUAAAUCAAGCCUUGAGCAGAAAAAUGGGGGCAUAACCAGUGGAAGUGGUAAAACUGUAGGACUGGAUCCUGCUAGGGCCUUUACAGCAAAAAAUGAGGAUGAGGUUGAUUUGCGAUUGAGAGCUGGGUCAUGUGCCAGCGAAAAUGUUAAUAGCAGAUGCAACCUCAAAGGAGACCAUUCUUUGCCCAAAGCAACCUCAAGUUUAAAGUCAAAGGCAUCAAAAAGUGAAGCCAUUCACCGCUAUGGGAGCCACAUGUCCCUUGAAAGAUGUGAUAGCUUGAUAUCUGUUGGAUCCAAAGUUAAUCCAAAUAAGGAAAAUGGUGGUGGAAGCAUUAACAAUGGCAGAAAUGGUCGGUUGGUCCCCAGGCUGGGAGUUCCCCAUGUUGCUUCUGGUCUGACUUCACCUCCAUCAUACACCACACCUUUACCCUGCAAAAACAGUCAAGCAAAAAGUGUGGCAAGUCAGAAGGGUGUAGCCAGUGGGAAUAAGAGCCGUGGCCUUUCAGCCAGUGGAUCAAAGUCUCUGAGCUCCUCUGUGAAAUCAUUAGCACAACCUGCUGGGAAGGCUUCGAAUGCUCAGUUGAGUGGGAAAACAGCUCCAAGGUCAAUGCAAGGUGUAACUGGAAAGCCUGGUCGCGGGACCAUUAUGGGAACCAAACAGGCCAUUAGGGCAGCCAACACUCGUGUUAAUGAAUUGGCAUCAGGGAGUUCAGCCAAGAUGAGUCACUUCCGAGGCUCAACAGACUCUGAUAGUGGCAACGACAGUGGAAUUAAUCUUAGUGAUGAGAAGUCACAAAUCCUGAUGCUUCCUUCUCCGUACAGCAAGAUAACUGCCCCAAGGAGGCCUCAACGCUAUAGCAGUGGACAUGGGAGUGAUAAUAGCAGUGUCCUAAGUGGGGAGCUACCUCCGGCAAUGGGUAGGACAGCUCUCUUCUACCAUAGUGGUGGAAGCAGUGGCUAUGAGAGUAUGAUUCGCGACAGUGAAGCUACUGGCAGUGCAUCCUCGGCUCAUGAUUCCAUGAGUGAGAGUGGCAUGUCCUCACCUGGUCGCAUGAGAAGCUUGAGAUCUCCCAAGAAAAGAUCAACAGGUUUCCAGCGGCGACGAUUGAUCCCGGCUCCUCUUCCUGAAUCCACAUCCCUGGGAAGAAAGCAGAAUGUCGCCGCUCAGUGGGUUGAUCUACCACCUUUGCCGGGCACUUUGAAAGAGCCGUUUGAAAUUAAAGUUUAUGAGAUUGAUGAUGUGGAACGACUACAGCGACACAGACAAGAGGAAAGUGAGCCUUUCCAGGAUGUUGAAAAGGGCCUGAUAUAUUUUAAUACAAAACUGAAAAUCCUGGAAAGGCGUCACCAGAGAAUUAAAGAAGUGAAAGCAAAGCACGAGCUCUUGAAAGAUGAAUUGGAAGAAACAAAGUGUAGGUUGAUGUUGGAUCCAAGCAAGUGGAAAGGAGAGUUUGAGGUUGACCCUGAUCUUGAUAAGGAGUCGCAAGAUUAUCUGGAGGCACUGGAACAAGUGACUGACGAACUGGAGCAGUGUGUGAAUCUGUGCAAGUCACAUGUCAUGAUUGUUACCUGCUUCGAUAUUGGAGUAAUCUGUGACGCCCAGGAUGGAGUACGUGAAGUGGAAGUGUGAAGGUGGUGGUUUGCAAAAGGACUCAAGGAGGUGGAGCCCAGCUGUCAAAAGAUGAGGGGAAGAAAUAUGUGUGUUGGAAAGCAGAGGUGGAAACAUGAAGACUUAAUGUGAUGAAGAAUGUUGUCAAAGUCUGAAGCUGUCGAGGAAUUAGAAUGUUCUAAACCUUUGUGGUGCCUCAGCAACCUAUGAAUUGUACAAAGUUCAACCUGAGAUUUCUAAUGGAUGAAAGCAGAAGAACAAAACAAACCCUAUCAACAACCAACUCUGUGUGAAAAGCAGAAGUGCCUUUACCCCUUAUUUGUGACUUGUUUCCUUGAUUUUGUAUUUGUUGCUAGAAUUGAAACCAGCAAACUUAAACAGACCAUAAAAUGUAUUCCUUUGAAAGAUUUUAUACUGUAUAGUGUAAUUUAUGACUAUAUGUAAAAAAAAAAUACAAAAAUGGAAAUUGUAGCAAAAGCAAUAAGUAAAUUAUGUUUUCAUACCUGAAUUUGCCUCCUUGUUUAACGGAAAAGCUGGUUUUAUGUAGCAGAACAGGAAAAAAUAAAAUAAAGAAAUUGUAUUAUAAUUGCUUUUUCAUGGUUUAGGAUUUGAAAUAUUUUUAUGAACAUUUAUCUAUUGGAAAUGUGUAUUAUGAAAUUUCAGAAUGCUUGGUUUGUAUUAAGUUUUUUAUAUGCUUCCUUUUUCAGACCAUGAUUUUCCAUGUUUUCUACAAAAUAUUAGGGCUGUAAUGUUUAAUUAAUUAAUCAGUAAGGUUGAUUGAUUGAAACAACUGUACAACUGCUUUAAAAGGUGCCUCUUGAUUUACUGAAUAGCAGACUUUUGAAAUGUUGUUUACACUUAUUUUUAAUACAAGUAUUUAACAGAACCGGAGGGUGGCAGACAUUGUCACUGAAGAAGCAUUCCAUGUUAUGUCUUUCUUAAUUUUACAGGAAUGCCUCUUUCAAGAUGGCGCUGACUGCAAUGUAUGCAUUCAUUAUUUUAAGAUGAAAAGAGUAUGCUUUUUUCCUCGAGGGCUAAUGUUUUUGUUUGUUUACAAAUCUAUGCUUUUAAAAAAAACAUUUAAUUAAUUGAUGAAUCACAUAAAACUUCUACCCUAAACUGAUCAAGAUUUCUUUAAUCAGGUGAGAGUCCCAUACUCCUGAAAGUCCUUAUUCUGAUUUGGAUUGGAUAACUUGGGGUGAUAAAGUAGCAAUGCUGUCUUCAUAAAUGGAGGCUGUGUCUUUGUAUUGCCACAAUAUAUGUUGCCACACUUCCAAAAUCUCACAGUAUAGUAGUGCUGGGCAAACAAGCUGCAAUUUAGCUUUAAAACAAGGUGCCGGUAAAAAUGCCCACAUUGUUUUGAAGCUGAAUCUUGUUUCCAGGAUCAUUGUGAAGUCUGAAUACAAGAUGUACACUACCUGCCAUCUUCUUUUGAAAUAUAAUAAUGAUUUUUUCCUUCAGUGUCAAAAUUCAGGAGCACAAGUUUGGGGGCAGUGGGGACCAUUUUUUUUAAAAAAAAAAUCACAGUAGGUCUAUAUGCUACUCAUGGGCCAUAUGUCAUCUACCAAUGCUCUGGGUCAGUGAUUCCCAGCCUUUGGUCCUCCAGGUGUUUUGGACUUCAGUUCCCACAAUUCCUAACAGCUGGUAAGCUAGCUGGGAUUUCUGGUAGUUGGAAGUCCAAAACAACUAGAGGAUCAAAGGGAACCACAGCUCUAGGUGGUUGAAAUGGAAACCCAUUUCAACUAGUAUGUAGGCUAAAGUAGAGUAACCAAGAGUGGAAGUGAGAACAUUGGUUGCAAGAAGCAACCUAUACACUAGGAGAGAACUCUAUGAUUUCUCAUAGAUUUCAUGUGGCUUUGGGCGAGGAUCCUUCCAGGCCUCUCAAAACCCUAACAUUUGUGAUUUUGAUUUGCUGAAUAGGUUUCAAGAGCCCUGAUUUAAUCUUUAUUUAUAAGUGGGGCAUCACUUCAUCCCAAAACAAUAAAAACAAACAGUAGUGAUUCCUGGUCCCCAGUGGAUACAUUCCUGUGGCCUGCUGGGGAGGAGCAAAAAUGGUUCUGCAACCCUCAGCCCAUGCCUACUCAGAGUAUAUGUUACAAUGCAUAAAGAUGCCCGAAUGAAACUGCUUUGAGAGGUAUAUCCAGAACAGAAGCAUUGACAGGGAAAAUGUUUGAGCAUUCUCUACCUGGUUCUUUUUCAUGGCAAUUCUUUCUCCAGUUGCUCCCUUUCAGAGGUGUUCAGAUGUAUGUUUAACAUAUUCAACACAUCUGGGAGUCUGUAGCAUAAUAGAAGAUGAAUUAAGGGAUAGAAAUAGUGGCAGGUGGGUGCAAAUCAUGAAGAACCUCUGAGGCUUCCUAUGCUGAAAAUUGCUUCAAGUACCCUUGUCUUGAAGAAACAAGUGUCAGGGCUUUUAUACACAUCUUUUGAUAACUGACAACUGACCUCAUUUUUCACAGAUAACUUUUUCUAGAAUUCCUUAACCCAGGAGCAUUAAGUAUCUCUCCACCUUAACACAAACUAUCCAGCUUCCUGUUAGUGCCAUAUCUAAUUCUACCUUCUGUAUGUACUUUUUUUAACUAAUGAGGAGUCUAAUACACUCUUUCCUCCUUCUGUAACAACCAAAGCCUCACUAGAUUCACCAAGUCUCUCCAAUAUUCCCCACUCCCCAGCUAUUCUGUUGUUCAUGAGGAACUGAAGUCAUCAGAGAAGCAUCUUGCAGUUUUUACCUAUCUAGAUGCAAGGCAAUAACAUCAGCUUCUGAGACCUUCAGAGGACCAUAGCAGAGUUUGGUAGAAUAUGUCCGCAGUUUCCUCAACUCUUCAACAGCCAUAGAAUGUCUUUGUGGAGGGGAAGAUUGAAGUGAUAUGGUGAAUCGUGAGAGGUUUUCAAUUAAAACUGACCCUCAGAUGAUGGCCACACCACAACAAGGCCUCAGUUGCCUGGGGGCAAAAACCUUGAGCUGAGCAUCAUCCACAGGACUUCACGUUGCUGGCCCCUGCCUUAAACUAACCCGAAGAAGUCCGUAAACAACACUGUUUUUUCUUUCUCUUCUGAAUGCAAGAACUAAGAAUAAAGGGUUGGAUCCAGACUUUUGAAGUCAUGAAUGGAAAAUGUGGACAGCUUUAGAUGCCAUUUUUUUCUGCCUCUGGGACUUUCUGUAGAUUAUAUGGACUAUCUAAAAUAAAAUUAUCAAUCCAAUUCUGAUUUUUAAAAAUUAGCAUUUAUGCUGUGACUUAUGGAAAAGGCAAAUUGCUGUUCUUGGAGGCUUCCAGGAGAGAAAUUUGAUUCUUUUUUUUGGCCAUAAAGUUAGCCUGGUGACCAUAAAACAGCAUUGGAUGGCUAGGUGUGUAUCUGGGUUCACACUUUAUCCACCCCUGAUUUUAAGUCAUACUUAGGAGUGUGCAUGCCUUAAAGUCCUCUGUUGAUUUAUGAUUCGCUUGUGAAAUCCAUGGGCCCACUCAAAUAAAUUGGAUUUAAGUUGGCUAUGAUGAAAAGAGUCUGGAUCCAACCAAACAUUCAUUACCAAAAUUACAAAGAAGUGGGAGAAAAAAUGUGCCCUUUUAAAGUUGUUUUUUCUAAAUAUUAAGUUAAGUCCAUAUUUUUGUAUCGUUUUGACAAGAAAUAUAACAUUUACAUUUUUAUGAACUUUGAAAGACAAAUCUAUCUUUUUACAGUUUUUCUAAGGAAGGCAAACUCUCAGGAUUGUUUCUAGACAUGCUGCAUGACUCUUGUGCUUUUUUGCCCUCUCCCUUCUUUUUUAAAGGAAACCACUUUUCAGGUGGAGACUAUUGAUACAUUGUUGCCAAACAAAAUGACUUUUGAAAACGUUUGAUAGUGUGUGUAAUCACAUUUCAUAAGGAACCAUAUUUUCUGAUCAUCUUGCUUUGUAUGGGGUUGUGUCCCCACCCUGAAAAAUCCUUUGUAUAAAAUGUAUACUAUAAUGGCUUGCUUCAGCUUUUCCAUGUGAAUAAAAAGAUACAUCUAUUGUUAA